AUGGCCUUGAGCUGCGCCUCGUCAGCCUCCAACCACCGUUGCGGUCGAAAGACGUCGGCCUCGUCCCCAAACACCUUGCGGUCGCGGUGGACGACCUGUGCACUGACUGAAGCUGGGUUUGACAAGCCUCGUGGUCACACCGGGGGUCCGCCCACCCUGAUUGAAGCUGGCAAACGCCGGCUGCCCUACAUCAUCGGGUCCCUCCUCGUUCUCGCCGGUCUCGCGUUCGGCGCCGCCAUGAACUCGAUCAACUUCAUGUGGGCGUACAUGAUCCUCUCGGGCUUCGGGUCCGCGCCCAGCUACUCGCUGAACGAGAGCAGUCUCCUGGACAUCUCGUUCCUGCACCGGCGCGGCCGACUGGCGCUGGGUGCUGAGAUACCUGUUGAUCUUCCGGGGAAUCUCGGUACUGCUCAUCAUCUUCGGCCCAGGCCAGGACAUGCUCUGACACCACUGAGCCCCAGUGCUGAUCCUGCACUGCCAGCACUGCCGGGUUUCUUCACGAAAACCAUUCAUGGCUGGACCACGAAUGGGUACUUUGAGGAUGUCAGGAUCACGCGCCGCCAGACAGGCUGCGAGGAGGUACAAGUGACGCACCUGCAGUUCGACGGUAUUCGCGAGAUGGCUCACGAUCGUCAAGCCGUGCGUCAACCACUGGCCGCAUCCCCCAUACAUACUGUUCUCAUCUCUCAUUUGAGGUCCAUUAACAAGACGAUCAAGGAGGACUGGGAGCCAUACGGAGGACCCAAUAUCUAUAUGGGACUUUCGUGCCCACGGUUUCCCAACUUUUACACCAUCGUCGGUGUUGGCGGAGCUUCUCUCUGCACCAGUAACAGCACUUUACGGUUCAACAACCAGAAGACUCGUGCAAUGACGGCCGAAACAGAAAAGGAAGUCGUUCCUGCGGCUGAAGCACCAGGACGCACCAUUGACCUCGCCAUUGAUGUUGACAGCCAUGACGACCUGGUUCAAUCACGUUGUCGACCACUUCAGCGACCGGCACGUUCUCAGAGGUGGUACAGUAUACCGGAACCUGCCUCGUGGAAGAGGGUCCUUGCACACGUGGCUGAUCCGACCAUCUUGCUCAGCCUCUCCAACUGCUCGCCUUCGACCCUCAUGCCCACUCACUCCUCCAUCCUCAUGGCACCGACGCUCCCGCUCUGGUAG